AGGGCGGGACCUUGCGCAGACCCGGAUGCGGCUCCGCCCCCGGCGAACCGGAAAUGAGCGGGCUCUGUGAGAACUGCGGGUGAGGCGGGACUGUGGCGGACCUGCAGGGAUACCGUGGCGAUGUGGAAAGCAUCAGCAGGCCAUGCUGUGUCCAUCACCCAGGACGUCGGAGGAGCUGAUGACUGGGAGACCGACCCUGAUUUUGUGAAUGAUGUGAGUGAAAAGGAACAGAGAUGGGGCGCCAAAACCGUAAAAGGGUCUGGGCACCAGGAACACAUCAACAUACACAAGCUAAGAGAGAACGUCUUUCAAGAACAUCAGACUCUCAAGGAGAAGGAACUUGAAACAGGACCAAAAGCCUCCCAUGGCUAUGGAGGGAAAUUCGGCGUGGAACAAGACAGGAUGGAUAAAUCAGCUGUUGGCCAUGAGUAUCAGUCGAAACUUGCUAAGCACUGCUCUCAAGUCGACUCGGUCCGGGGUUUUGGAGGCAAGUUUGGUGUCCAGAUGGACAGAGUUGACCAGUCUGCAGUAGGCUUUGAGUACCAGGGGAAGACAGAGAAGCACGCCUCCCAGAAAGACUACUCCAGUGGCUUUGGUGGCAAGUAUGGCGUGCAGGCUGACCGGGUGGACAAGAGUGCUGUUGGCUUUGACUACCAGGGCAAGACGGAGAAGCAUGAGUCACAGAAAGAUUACUCCAAAGGCUUUGGUGGCAAAUACGGUAUUGACAAGGACAAAGUGGAUAAAAGUGCUGUUGGCUUUGAGUAUCAAGGCAAAACAGAGAAGCAUGAGUCCCAGAAAGACUAUGUGAAAGGGUUUGGAGGAAAAUUUGGUGUGCAAACAGACAGACAAGACAAAUGUGCCCUUGGCUGGGAUCACCAAGAGAAAUUACAGCUGCAUGAAUCUCAAAAAGAUUAUAAGACUGGUUUCGGAGGCAAAUUUGGUGUUCAGUCCGAGAGGCAGGACUCCUCCGCUGUGGGGUUUGAUUACAAGGAGAGACUGGCCAAGCACGAAUCCCAGCAAGACUAUUCCAAAGGAUUCGGUGGCAAGUACGGGGUGCAGAAAGAUCGGAUGGAUAAGAAUGCAUCGACCUUUGAAGAUGUGGCACAGGUAUCCUCUGCCUACCAGAAGACUGUCCCUGUUGAAGCUGUGACCAGCAAAACCAGCAACAUCAGGGCAAACUUUGAAAACCUCGCUAAAGAGAGAGAGCAGGAGGACAGGCGGAAGGUGGAAGCAGAGAGAGCACAGCGGAUGGCCAAGGAAAGGAAGGAGCAGGAGGAGGCUCGAAGGAAGCUGGAGGAGCAAGCCAGAGAGAAAAAGGAAACACCCACCGAGUCCCCCACUCCACAGCCAGCUGAGGAGAGGCAGCCUUCUAGCCCUGUCUAUGAGGAUGCAGCCUCCUUAAAGGCAGAAGUGAGCCACAGAGGUCCUGCAAGUGAGAGUGAGCCCGAGCCCGCAUACAUUGCCGAGUCUACAAGCUACCCAGAGGCCAUCAGCCAACAGGGCCUGGGCUAUGAUCUGGAAGCCGUCUAUGACACCACCAAGGCCUCUGGCCACUACCAAGCAGAAGAGAACACCUAUGAUGAGUAUGAGAAUGACCUGGGCAUCACAGCCAUCGCACUCUACGACUACCAGGCUGCGGGUGAUGAUGAAAUCUCCUUUGACCCUGAUGACAUCAUCAGCAACAUAGAAAUGAUUGAUGAUGGCUGGUGGCGUGGCGUGUGCAAGGGCCGGUACGGGCUCUUCCCGGCCAACUAUGUGGAGCUGCGGCAGUAGGCCAGCCUGCCAUGCGUGCCUGCACAGAUUCACACUACAGAUCAUGCCUUUGCUGGUUUGGGGUUUUGGGUUUGUAUUUUUGUGUUCAUUUUCUUUUUGAGGGUGGGAGGGGAAUUUACGUAUUGCUUUUAUAUUUAAUACUUCUGCUGAUGCUUUUGAAAUGUUGAUGCCACAGAAUUUGCUAAUAUAUUGUAAUCAUGAUCCCUAGGAGGACGUUGGUGAUUGUUUUUGAAUAUUUUUUUUUUUUUUUUUGCCAAAUUGACUUGUCAUGUGUAGCUACUUCAGGGGCCUGUGGCUCUCCUGAAGUCAGUAGUGCAUGUUGUGUGUGUGUCUGUCCUGACUGUUGGGUCUCCCAGGACUGAUGUCCAUGUCUGCAGCACUGGAAGUGGCUGCCCACAUAAGCUCUGUGGAGCAGCAGUGUUCAGAAGUGGAGGGAAGGCCCAGGUCAAUGGUCAGACUGGUGGGAACCCCCGGAGGGGCACUGGCUACCCUGUCAUGUGGGACACCCCAUAUCUCAUCCCAUAUGACCCCAGGUUGUCUGAGGCUUUCUCCUGUGUCCCUGUCUUAUCUCAUCCCUCUCUCCAUGGCUCUCCUGACCCCUGACUCCUGCCCUGCUAGGUGUCACCAUGUCCUUCUACUGUUCCUCACUGCUUGUCUUAGACACUGGCCCACAGUGAAGGGCCUUGAAGUUAGAGGUGAGCUUAAAACUAGUGUUGGGCCUGGGUGCCACCCAGGGUGCUCCCAUGGCUGUCAGCUCAUGCAGGGGGGUGUGACGUGUGUGGCUAGAUGGCCACCAGUUUGGGGAGGCAUGUGCCUUCUUGGUGUGAAGUGCCCAAAGGAUGCCCUCCUCAGGAGAUUGUGCAUUUUGCCAAAACCUCAUGUUUACUUAUUAAAAUGUAAUUGAGUUGGCAAAAAUACAACUGGUAACAAGCAGUGUUCCUUCCCGCUGUGCCACAGUAGUUUUUUUAAGCCACUCUGCCCAUAUUACCUGCUCCUUGCAAGGCAAAAUAUGUGUCCUUCCCAGGGCCAGUCCUAUUGGUGCACAUGAUCGGGGGGACAGGUGUCUUUCCAGCAGAUCCACAGAAAUGUUAGACUGUUGGGGACAGUUGGUUGUCCUGAUGUGCAUGCUUUCUGUCUGGAAGUGAUUUCUGCAGUCUUGCUUUUCCCUUAUUAGGUUGAGUUUUAUAUACAACUUACUGUAUCUGGAUUUCUGUAGUACACCUCCUAAGUAUGAUUUUUUAAAAAUUAAAUAUUCAGAAUAAACCAUUUUUUGUUUGGA